AGAGAGAGACGAUGAAGGGUACGACGAAGCGGCCGAUCCAGGUGGUAAGGACAUGGGUACGGAGGCAACCGCCGAAGGUGAAGGUGUUUCUAGCCUUUGUCUGCGCCAUCGCCGCCCUUAUUUUUAUUCGUAUGGUGGUUUACGAUCAUGAUAACCUCUUCAUUGCCGCCGAGGCCGUUCACGCUCUCGGAAUAUCUGUUCUUAUUUAUAAGCUAGCCACCGAGAAAACUUGCGCCGGUCUUUCACUGAAAUCACAGGAACUGACGGCUAUUUUCUUAGGAUCCAGACUCUAUUGCAGUUUUGUAAUGGAAUAUGAUGUGCAUACUUUACUAGACUUGGCUACGUUGGCAGCUACUGUUUGGGUUGUCUAUAUGAUGCGUUUUAACUUAAAUGCUAGUUACAUGCACGAGAAAGACAAUGUUGCGAAUUAUUAUGUGGUGAGUUCUUGGGUGAUUCCUUGUGCUUUAUUGUCUCUGUUGAUUCAUCCCACCACACAGCAUUACAUUGUAAACAGGAUUCUUUGGGCCUUUUGUGUUUAUCUGGAAGCUGUUUCGGUACUGCCACAACUUCGUGUUAUGCAAAAUACCAAGAUUGUUGAACCGUUCACAGCACAUUACGUUUUUGCUUUAGGGGUUGCAAGGUUUCUGAGUUGUGCGCAUUGGAUUCUCCAGGUGUUGGAUACCAGGGGACGGUUGUUGACAGCUUUAGGUUACGGAUUAUGGCCUUCGAUGGUUCUCCUUUCUGAAAUCGUCCAAACAUUUAUACUAGCCGACUUCUGCUAUUACUAUGUCCAAAGUGUUAUGGGCGGACAACUAGUGUUACGCCUUCCUUCUGGCGUGGUGUGAGUGGAACGAUGGCGUAAAAAAGAACUGUUUUAAUAACUCCUGAAAACAGAGAUAGUAAGCAACAUCAUGUUUAUGGUUUUCUUCUUGUUUCUUUUUUUGUUUGUUUUCAUGCAUCAUCUCAUGUAGAUUACCAUGGGACUCAUCCCCCUGUUUAAGUUUAUGUAAAGUUUUUUUUUUUUGAUUUAAUGUAUUUUUAGAGUAUUUGGGAGUUAUUGUUUCU